GAACCGCAGACUAGCUUGCCUACUCACAGAUGGACUUUGAAAAUUUAUUUUAUGUUGACAUAAAAGAGGUAUAUUAUGCAAAUCAUAUGAAAUUGAAAGUAUCCCAAAGAAUUUAUAGGACAAUAAAAAAAUAAUUACGAAAUGCAGGCGAUUAAAUGUGUCGUUGUUGGCGACGGAGCAGUCGGAAAGACCUGUCUACUUAUCAGUUAUACUACAAAUGCUUUCCCGGGUGAAUAUAUUCCAACCGUAUUUGACAAUUACUCAGCAAAUGUUAUGGUGGAUGGGCGGCCAGUAAAUCUAGGAUUGUGGGAUACAGCAGGCCAAGAAGAUUAUGACAGACUUCGACCACUGUCCUAUCCCCAAACUGAUGUUUUUGUUUUAUGUUUCUCUCUCGUGUCGCCGUCAUCAUUUGAGAAUAUUCGUGCCAAAUGGUAUCCAGAAGUGUCUCACCACUGUCCAAAUACUCCUCUCAUACUAGUAGGAACAAAACUUGAUCUCAGAGAUGAUGAGGAAACGAUACUCAAACUUAAAGAGAAACGAACAGCUCCGAUUACAUAUCAACAAGCUCUUACUAUGGCGAAGGAAAUUCGUGCAGUAAAAUAUUUAGAGUGUUCUGCUCUUACGCAAAAAGGCCUGAAAGCAGUUUUUGACGAAGCUAUCAGAGCCGUUUUGUGUCCUGCGACGUCAAGUAAAAAGGGGAAGAAAAAUUGUCAUGUUUUAUAAUUAUUUGUGAACCUGAUUUAUUCGUAUUUCACGCGAUUGCCUGUUAAGUCCGAUUCAUUUUGACUCUUGACUAUUUUGACUCUUUUUUUUUCUCCGCAUUUUUUGUUUGAAAUGCUCGCGAGAAUAAACAUUAUUGCACAUUAGUUUUGAUACGGAAUUCGAAAAGUUUCGUAAAACCUUAUUUCGAUUUCGAUAUCAAAAUUCUAAUUAUCUAUAUUCUAUAACAUUAUCAGAAAACUAAAAAAUGUCCUAUUGUGGGUACAAAGCUACGAGAAUUGAAUACUUGUUUAGUAGAAUGUUUGCAUUUAUUUACUCUAAAAUUAUAUAUUUGUUUACAUUUUGAAUUUAAAAUUGUUAUUUAAUUGGAAUUCUAUGUCACUUAUUUUAUAUACUUACGGCAGCAAUGAGAAUGCAAAAACGAUGGCCAACGUGCUGUUUAUGACAUAAAUCUAUAACAGAAAGGUAUUUUACUCAUAACCAAUCAGCUAUUGCUGUUUUCGGAAAUUCAGUGCAAAAAAAAUUGAUGUUCCCCAGAUAUUUUAUAACACUGUAAACGACAUAUUCCAAAAUGUACUGGCAUUUAUUUUUAAUUUAUAUUUUUCUUAGUUGAAACGUUUUUCUUUGUCGACCAUUUUUCUUAUCCCGAUCGGCAUAACUGAACAUCCGCGACAAAAUAUAAAUGUUAUUUGCAAACCGCCGAUGUCACAUUUUGAUUUGAUUUUCCGAAUUUAAAUAUCUAAUUAAAAUAACAUUAAAUCUUU